AUGUUUGAAUCUAGUGAGAUGUGUUCGAGAUUUUUGUCAAGAAAAUGGCGAAAACUGUUUCUGGUGAUGCUAGUACUUUCCUGGGCAGUGUUGUUGCUUUGGAUCACCAAAUCUUAUCAUCCCUCUCUAGAUAUUGGUGUAUUGGGUGCGGCAAAAUCAUCGGUGAGAGUCAACACUUUUCGAAAAAGUUAUUCAGAAAUAAUUAAGGAAUUCAACAUUUCUAUAUAUAAAUACACAGAUCCAAAUCGUUUUCACAUCAAUGUGAACAAGACCCACAGGACGUCAGUGACUCGAGAUGUUCCAGACACACGCCCUGUCCAGUGCGCGUCUAAUCAGUAUGAUAUUGCGUCACUUCCGUUGGCGUCCAUUGUAGUACCACUUCAUAACGAGCCGUGGUCAACGUUAGAGCGAACCAUUAACAGCAUUUUAAAUCGUUCGCCCUCGUUGCUGCUGAAGGAAAUCAUUAUCAUGGACGACAGGAGCGAUCUGGACCAUUUAGGAGCACCCCUAGAAAAAUAUGCUGAAGAGAUUGGUAUCAUGAAAAUAUAUAGAGCGAAAGAAAGACUCGGCACAAUGAAAUCGAGAGUCGUAGGGGCGCAGAUAGCAACAGGCGAUGUUGUCGUAUUUUUAGAUUCCCACACGGAAGUUAAUGUUGGAUGGUUGGAACCAAUAUUGUACGAAAUCGGCAUAAACUAUACGACAAUAAUUCAGCCUUCUAUUGAUUUAAUUGAUCCGGAAACUUUCGAGUACAAACCAUACUUUCGGAAUAAUAUGCGAGGUCAUUUCCGAUGGAGUAUGGCGUAUGAAUACGUCCCGUUAACACUAAAACAAGAAACUGAUGUUGCAGCCGAACCAACAAAAGCAUUCAACACUCCAGCUAUUGUUGGAUGUGCUUUUGCUGCAAACCGGAAUUAUUUUCAAGAUAUCGGAGGACUUGACACAGGCAUGCGCACUUGGGGUGGUGAAGAUAUUGAGCUAUCCGUGAGAGUUUGGCUUUGUGGAGGAAGUAUGAAAAUAUCGCCAUGCUCUCAUGUUGCUCACAUUCAUAAACAUGGUCAUCCCUUCAAAACGCAGUACUCCGACCUUGUAUAUAACAAUAAGCGUACCGCGGAAAUGUGGUUAGGAAGUUAUAGGAAAUACUUUUACAAGUUUAAUUCUGGGUUUGCAAUACCACCGAAACUCUUUGAAAAGUACAACGGAAUGGAUACCAUCAAAAAUAAGUUCAAGUGCAAAGACUUCAGCUGGUUUUUAAAACACGUUUUUCCUGAAUUGGAGAUUCCACCGGAAGGAAGUGAAUAUUUCGGACAUUUACGGAACCUUGGUUCAAAUGCUUGUUUUGGGCCUACAAACCAACUUGACUUUGAGCCGUAUCCUGUUAUAGCCAUUGGGGAUUGCUACUUUUACUAUAAAGUCCGAAACUUUGCUUUGCUUCAGAAUGGUCGGUUGAUGGUUGACGGGAAGUGUGUUAAUGUUAGAAAUAACUUCCUAAUCGUGUCUUCUUGUUCAUCAACCGUAAGUGGUAAGUUUAGAUUUGAUGGGAAGCAGCUCGUUUAUACUGAUUUAAUUGGAACUAAAUGUGUCGCGCAGGUACCCAAGGACUUGGAAUCUGGGAAGCUACAGGUCGCCUUUUUAAUGCCGUGUGACAAAUCAAACACGGCUACAGAGUGGGAACUUCAAAAAUUGUACAAAGUAUCAAAUUACUUAUAA